GACCGUUUAUCGGUUAGAUAACAGCUGAACUAACCUGUAAAACAGACAUCAGAUCAGACUCACUCAACACAAACACACUUUGUCUCCUGGUUUCACACUGAAGUGCAGCAUGGCGGGCAGGAAGCCGUUGUGUUGUGGUGUUUCUGCUCUGGAGGCGACGCUGGCCGUCCUGUUCGUCCUCAUGACGGCGGUGAGCGUGACACUGAUCAGUCUGAUGGCUACCUGGGAAACACAUACAGGUCCGGAGCUGAACAUUCCUCCCAGUCCAGAGGACAAACCUUACCUGAUCGGAGUGGGCCGAGCUGACUGCACCGGGCCACCGGCUGAAAUCCCUCUGGUCAGUAUCAGAACACACACCGGACACUGAUGCUGCCUUCAAGGCCUCCUGCCACACCACUUCUUCUGAUUAAGACAAUAGGUGUCCACGUAGAGACAAUAACGACCCCCAGGUGUCCACGUAGAGACAAUAACGACCCCCAGGUGUCCACGUAGAGACAAUAACAACCCCCAGGUGUCC